AUGGAUCAUUAGGAUUACGAAGUUUUGGGAAGGAAAAGGGGGAAAUUUAAUCCCUAAAUUUAUCUUAAUAAAAAGAUUUUUGAGAUUGAUAAGGCUCAGCUUAAGCAUAUGCAGAAAAUGGAUAUGCAUGAAGUCUCAAAACUAGUUUAAAGGAUAUUGAAGAAGGCGAUAGCUAACAGAGAAAAUGAUGAUGUGACUGUUUUACUCUUUUACUUUAAGGACUUAGAUUUCAUAUAAAAGCUUUCAAAUAAAUUUGAUGAGCAAACAUUCUUGUAAGUAAUUUCACAUAUAACAUACAAAAAAUAUUCAAGAAACGAAUUAGUUUGCAAAUAAGGUUAAGUAGAAAAAUAAAUGUAUUUCAUAUUAGAUGGGAAAGCGUGUGUUAAAAAAUAUGAUGUUAUUGAGUAUGAAAAGAGAGAUGGAACUUUUGGAAUAAGAAAAAUAUGUUUGUUAAAAAAGAUGCUAUCAAAAGGUGAUAGCUUUUGUCGUGAAAUUUUGAAAGGAAGCAAUUAUGAUGAAACCAAAUACUGCUCAUAUUCUGUAAGCAAUUUAGAUUAGAUGUUAGAAUGUGCAGUAUUGAGAAGAGAUCAUUAUCUUGGAUUCAAAAUAUCUAUGGAAAUAAAAUAAGAAAUCAAUAAAGUCAAUUUGAUUCAAAGCUCUUGCAUAUUUAACUAUCAUUUAAAUCCUCGAUAAUUAAAGGCUCUUAGUUAAAACUUUCAUCUCAAAAAGAGUUUUUGCAAUAAUAUUAUUUACAGCGAAGGAGAUGAAGCUGAUGGAAUUUACAUAAUAAAAUCUGGUAGAUUUAAAAUAUAAAAAAGCACUAACUAAAAUUAUAAUUUUGAGGAUUUAGACGUUAAUAAUUUUAAAAUAGCUUAGUCUAAAAAAUAUUCUGAGAUUGCCCUCUUAGAGGAAGGACAGUGCUUUGGAGAUGAAGAGAUUUUUAAGAAUUAUGAUAAAAGAAUUUUCACUGUAUUAUGUGAUACUGCGGUUGGAGAGUAUUUCUAGAUAUCAAAAAAAGAUUUCUUUAGAGUUUUAUCUUAGUAAUUUAAAGAUGAAGAUUGGAAAGAGCUAGAAAAUGCUUUUCAACUAAAAAAUGAAUGGAGAAAAGAAAAUAUAGCUUAAAUAUAAAAAGUCAAAUAAUAAUUUGUAGAAUAUAUGGGUGCUCCUCCGAAAUACUCAUGUGAAGCUAAAUUACUUAGAUUAACUAUGAGCAACAAGAAAUAAGUCAGUCCAAAAAAUGAAAGGAGCAGUUCUCCUCUUUCUAAAGAAGUAUUGAAUACACAAAAUAUUAGCUUUAGUGAGCCUUAAAAAACAUUUGAGCUUACUUAAAUCAAUAAUUUAGAAUAAAACUCAACUAGAAACAUACCUCAAAGCACUCAAAUGAAUACUCCUACCUCAAAUAGGUACUUAAAAAAGGUAGAUUAGUACUUGCAAUAAAAAGAUUUAUCCUAUACAAGAUAAAAAAUUGAUACUGAUUAUGGAUUCUACAGAAAAAGUGGAGUGAAAAGCUCUCUUGGAAACAAUGAAGAAGUGGAAACUAGACAUAAUACAAGUACUUCAAUGAGCAAUUAAACUUCCAAUUAAUAUUUAAGCAACCAACUUAAAUUAAAGAACGAAAUAAUACCAAGAAACAUCAGAAGUUAAAGUGUGCAGAAUGAUAAUAAUUUAGUUAAAAUAGGCUAAAUGUUUAAAAGUGGGGGAAAAGAUAAUUUUUAAAAUACAAAUCUUUCAAGAGGAAAUUCACCAUAUAUUUAAAAUUAAUAUCCUCAUUAGAAGGAAUUGAUAUUGCCAGAAAUUAAUUAUAAAGAACACAGCACAAUAGAUAUACGCUUUCGUCAUCCAUCUCCCUUUACUAAAAGGUUCAAUCCAAGUAGUACAUCAGGAAAAACACAAUAUAAAUAUGGUUUUGGAUCAGCUAUGCAGUCUCCUACUGAGCUCAAAUCAAUAUAGUAUUAUGAUGGAACAAAUAGUAAGAGAACUCCAAGCCAAACAAAUUAUAACUAAAUUGGAAAUUAUGCUCAAAUGACUAGCAGGACUAAUGUAAGUAUGUAAUAUUAGGAUGGUGAUAUAAAAGGCUAAAGUCCUUAUAGAUUGGAUGAAAUCUCUAAUAAAUUAGGAACUAGUGAAUAUAAAUAAGAAAAUAAAUACUCUAUGCCAUUAAAAAGAAUGGAUAUAGCAGAUAUAACUUAUAAUAAAGCCAUAAUUUUGAAGACCAAAAACUUUACAACUGAUGAAGAAAAAGGAAGAGUAAUAGCAUUUGAAGGCUCUCACUUUUUACCUACAGAACUAGAUAGCAACUAUCUAGAGAAAAAAGGAAUUAUUAAAAAGAAAAUUGACCCUAAAAAAAGGGAAUUAGAGAACUAACAAAGUAUGGAAAAAGGAAAAAAAAUAUUAGAAAAUUUUAUUCUUGGGUACCUGAUAAAAAAGAAGAAAGCCUAAACUAAUAAAAAAUAAAAUAGAGAUGGUAAUGAUGAUAAUAUUGACGAUACAGCAUAGGUGUAAAUGUACAACUUUCCCUAGGGUAAAACAAAUACAUAGUUUUAUGGGAAGAGUAAGAACAAGCUAAAGAAAAGAAUGCACUCUAAUGUGUACAACGAAGAAGCUCUAAGCCCUUAGCCAGUGCCUAAAAAUUUUGUAAAUAUAUAAAAUAGUAGUUUAGAUAAGUAGAAAGAAAUUCUUUGGUCAAACCAAUAGCUACAAUUUUCUGGAAUAUAGGCUAAACCCAGUCUUAAGGAGAAUUCAAAUCAGAUUCCUUUAAUAACUCUAGAAUAAUCUCCUACAAAAUUAAGUAUAUAACAAGAUUCAAUAAAAACUAAAAUUAUAUAAGACAGUGUCAUGUCAGAAUAACCAAAAAAGUAGUCUCAAAAAUCUAUUUUUACAGGAAAAACAUUUAAUCAAAGAAAAAACUCUAAAUAGAUGAUAGAUUUUUGA